UAAAGCUUGAUUUUGUAUUUUCAUUGAUUAAUAUGGUUACUGUUACAAUUAAGUACGUAGUAACUACAUAUAUUAACUUGUGCAUGUGUGACCUUUUUAUUAUUCAGCUUUACUGGUUAUAUGAUUAUAAUUUAUAUACACAGCACGUCAAGAGAAAUUUCUGAUCUUGAAGGGCAACUCAUUGCGUUGAGAAACCACCUUUCCAACCGGGCUUCUAUAAUCCAAGGAUUAGCAGAAGGCACAAAUCUUAACUACCUGGCAGCACCAGAAGGUUUAUCAGAAGAGGAAAUCUUGAGCUUUGAAGCAAGGGAGCCUACAAAUAUAGACAAAUGGAGAGUAGAAUUCAUGGAGUCGCUCGAAGUGUUGUUGGCGGAGAGGCGCGUGGACGAAGCAUUGGACGCAUUAGACGAAGGAGAAAGCGUGGCGAAGGAGGCGAGAGAUCGCCAAACGUUACCCCCAGCUGCUUUACAGUCCUUGCAGACCGCCAUUUCCGAACAGAGACAAAAGUUAGCGGACCAAUUGGCAGAUGCCGCGUGUCAGGCCUCGAUCAGCGGCUAUGAGCUCCGAUCUGCUGUAAUGGCGCUGAAACGGCUCGGAGAUGGCCCCCGCGCGCACACGCUGCUCCUCACAUCUCACCAGCAAAAGCUCAAGAGCAACACUCAAUCGCUUCACCCCUCCGCCGCUUCGCACGGAGUGGCGUACGCGGCGGCUCUUUCGCACCUCGUUUUCUCCACAAUCGCGCAAGGAGCGAGCGAUUCCUUAGCCAUAUUCGACGAUGAACCGGCGUACUCCUCUGAGCUAGUGACGUGGUCGGUGAAUCAGACCGAGGCUUACGCUCAGCUCAUCAGGAGACACGUUCUGGCUUCUCCGGCCGCCUCUGGCGGCCUGAGAGCCGUCGCCGAGUGUGUCCAGAUCUGUUUAGGGCAUUGCUCGCUUUUGGAAGCUCGCGGGUUAUCGCUUUCGCCGGUCCUGCUGAAAUACUUCAGGCCGUGUGUGGAACAAGCCUUGACAGCUAAUCUGAAAAGGAUUGAGCAGUGUACGGCUGCGCUUGCUGCUGCGGAUGAUUGGCUACUGGUUCAUUCGCCUAUGGGAUCGCGCUCUUUGGGAGCUGCGCCUCUUGGCGCGAUGAUUUCUCAACCUAAGCUCUCCACCAGUGCUCAUAAAUUCAACACCAUGGUUCAGGUGAUUAUUGACCUAACGAAAAGAUUCAAGACGUUACAUUGUUCCUCUCAUUCAGGUUUUCACUAAGUCAUGCAAUAAUAGAGUUAAAUUAUCGUUCAUAACAUAUACUCCCCCAAAACUAAGUUGUCAUUUUGACUUUUAACGAGUCGGCGUAAUUAUGAAUAAUGAAAAUCUAAAUAUUUUAGAAACUAAGCUAUAAGUUCAAUUGAAAUGCAAAAAUCGAAUUUUAAUAUGAUAAAAAUUUAGGGAUAUUUUGAGUUUGCACCCCACUUUAUUGUUGAAAUUAGACUUUGCACCCCAUUUUUGAAAUCUUUAGUAUUUGCACCCCAACCCCGUAUGAAAAGACUAAAAUGCCCCUCAGUUAACAAUUUUGUUGGCCUUCAACAUAUUUCUGAUCGAGGGGCAUUCUUGUCUUUUCAUACGGGGUUAAGGUGCAAAUACUAAGGAUUUCAAAAACGGGGUGCAAAGUCUAAUUUCGACAAUAAAGUGGGGUGCAAACUCAAAUUAUUUGCAAACUCAAAUUAUUGCAAAUACUAAGGAUUUCAAAAAUUUACUAUGUAAAAUUCGAGAAUAUAAUAAAAGUUAAAUUCACUGCGUAAACUUGGAAUGAGAACUUCAAUUGGGUUGACAUCCCUCAAUUAAAACCAGAAAAAUACAGGUGUUGAACACACUGGCCUAGAAAGGAGAAAACAUUAGGUACAAGCAAGGUAGUCAAAGCCGUGAGGCCCAGCGCGCACCGAAGGCGUUACAGUGCUCAAAUCGCAUGAGGUGCAAGGCCCAAAAAAGUGCCGUGCACCAUCUAUAUACAAAAAAUAUAUACCAUAGUUGUAAUUUUAAAAUAUAAACAAGUUAGAAAAAUGGCAAAAUAUUUUCAAAAGUAAUGUUCCCAAGUGUUUAAUAUUUUUGGUGUUUGGUAAAAAUGGCAUUGUCACAAUAAUGAGAUGGCUAGCUGCUAUGUUCCCGGGCUAGAGCUUACGUCAACCGGUGGUUGGUGAGGGGAGAGACAUGCCUUUCCUCUAUUUUUGCAGGCAAUAUAAUAUUGGGGAAGUAAGGGGAGGCAGGGAAAGAGAUAAAACUUCAAGAGUUUUAUGAAGUUCCUUUCUCCUUGAUAAGUAUUCAAUUGGUUUCCAGUGGCGGACGCAAAGCGGGGCAUAUGGGGGCCUCCCCCGCCCCCUCCAAUUUUUUUCCUAGUAGGCUGCUUUCCCAGGAACUAUGUGAGGACAUUAGUCCACUUGAGAGCUUAAGGCUAUCUCAUCAAGCUUUGGAGGGGAUCAUACAAACAUUCAACGUUUAUAUCAACAUGUUGAUAAACGCGUUGCCUGGGUCGAUGGAAACUGAAAACAUUGAGGGAACUGGACACAGAAUUGUAAGAAUUGCAGAGACUGAAGCCCAACAGACAGCAUUGCUAGCCAAUGCAUUGUUGUUAGCGGAUGAGCUCAUCCCACGUGCAGCCAUGAAGCUCUCGCCUUCACAUCAACAGCAGACGAACAGAAUGGAGGAUUCGGCUAAAAGAUCCUCUGAGAGGCGUAUUCCAGAGCAGAGGGAACUUAAGCGAAGACUUCAGCGGUUAGUUGAUCAAUUACGUGACAGCUUCUGUAGACAGCACACGCUUGAACUUAUUUUUGGAGAAGACGGUGUGGUUCGAUUGAAUGCGGAUAUGUAUCUGAAUAUGGAUGAAAGUGGAGAAGAGCCUGAAUGGUUCCCGUCUCCAAUAUAUCAGGAACUAUUUGAAAAGUUGACAAGAAUUGCCAACAUUGCAUCAGAACUGUUCAUUGGAAGGGAAAGGUUUGCAACUAUGCUUUUGGUCAGGCUAACUGAUACUGUCAUCCUUUGGCUUUCUGAAGACCAAAACUUUUGGGAAGAAAUUGAGCAAGGUCCACGGCCUUUAGGUCCAUUAGGACUUCAGCAGGUUUUCCUUCUCAACUGCUCUUGUUACUGUGGCUAGUUUUCUUCGUGUCAAAUAAUAAUAAUAAUUAGUAUCUUAACUCAUAGGAGAGAGCAGACCUAGCAGUAAGAAAAUUAAUAUCCAGCCCAACAAGGAUAAUUUAUUAAGAUUUGAAGUGUAUAUUAAAGAUUAGCCAUAGGAGUAACUCAAUAUUUGAUGUGUAAUAUCAUACUGUGUAUUUAUCUAAUGUGGGUCAAACUAUUAAACAUAAAAACAUCUCUACACCACUCCAUUUGGGUAAUACAAAGCCUCUGCUUGUUUCCAUUAGUUCAGGAUUUGGUAGGGUAGAGAAGAGGAGGAUCAAUUAUAUUUUUUAAAUUAUUUAUGCAUUUAGGUGAUUGAAAAUAAAAUGAAGAUAAUAAAUAAUAUAGAAGAACAUGAUCUAACUGAUCAUAUAAUUAUUUCUUAUACAAACUUAACAAAGAGAUAAAUUAAUGAAAUAAAAGUUAGAAAAUGAGUUAAGCUCAAGAACUGUUUAAUUCAUAUUUUGUAAACAUGAUCACUUUUUUUUCUCUCUCGUGAUUUUGUCUUUCUUCUUUUGGUCUCUUAAUUACCACAAAGAAUGUAAAAAAGGUUUUCUCUUUCUGCACAUCUGUUUCUUCUUUUGGUUUCUUAAUUACCACAAAGAAUGUAAAAAAGGGUUUCCUUCGAUUCUCUCCCAAAUCAAUGUCAUCAUUUUCCAAAGCAAAAUACGUGGCUAACAAUAAUGGCGGGUAUAAUUUUGACAAUGGCAGAACUUAAGAUAGAAACGAAAGCACAUCAAGAUAUAAUUGUUUAUAUGGUUUGAUUUUAUUUCGGUUUAUCUUCAUUUUUUCCUUGAUUGGGUCCUUUAUCCUUUAUUUCUUUUAUUCCCAGAACCAAUGGCCGGAAAAUAUCAAAUGCCAAACCACCCACUUACGCUAGCAUUGAUAUUAAGACUUAGGUUCCACACUGAAAGUUGAAAUCUGAAAUUUGUGUUUGUUUUUAGUCUUAGUCAGAACAGAGUUUCUUGGAAUAUACUUGACUAUGAUAUCACUUUUGUCUGGACACUGGAGUCCCAGACUUCGCAUUGAAUGCCUUAGGCUGUGAACCGAAGAUUCUUAGUUGCUCUACGCAAGGGGUGGAGGGUUGUGACUUGCCCAGUCAUAUACGAACAAGGUGAUAUGCCUGCAUGGGUAGCUCAUCUGGUCUUGGCUGUAAAAUUUUGGUGUAAGAACGAGGCAAUGAUACACUUUAUGGAGCACACCGGAAUUGAUUUCAUUGCUAUUGGGGUGUACCUAUGCCACGAUAGAGAGGAAAGUUGCUAUUGGUUAGAGCCUCGGCCCUUGCCACGACCUGAUCACCCUUGGCCACGACCUCUAUUGAAUGGUAAGCCGUCCAUGUUUGACAUGGUCGCUGCCUCCAAACUUGCUUCGUUGCUGACUUCGCGAGUGGUUCAAAUUGAACUGUUGAAGCUGCCAAUGAGGGUCCGUUUGUUCCGCUUUUGAGUUUUCUAUGGGUUGUUAUAGCGUGUUCCAUUCUACUUCUAAUUAUUUUAUGGGAAAAGUGGCAAAUAUGUUCUGCUACUGUAUAUGGAAAGUCAAUUAAGCUCCGUACUUUAACUUUCAUUAAUUACAUCCUUGAAGUAUGUAAAUUUAUUAAAUCCAAUUUUUGGCAAGUAACCUUCCAAUUUUUGGCAAGUCACCUGCGACAUAAACGUGACCUAAGCGAAGCAAUGAAAGCACAUUAAUGCAAACAAGAUUAAAUUGAGGCGUUAUAUAUAUCUUCAAAAUAUUAAUUAAUUUAACUGCUACUAUAAUUCUCAGUCAUACAUGCGCAGAUGCACUGUGUGUUUGCUCAUGUGGUAGUCUGUCAAGUACUCCUCAGUCCUGGUUAUUUUCCUUCUCUUUUCUUUUGUUUUUUCUUCUUUUCCUUUCCUUUUCUUUAUUUUCCUUUCUCCUUCCAUAUUCCCUCUUUUCUUCCUUCUCCACGGAGGUCGAGCUGCCUUGACUAUUAAUCUUUUACAAUGCUGUAAUUACAACACUAAACUUAGAUACUACUAAGAAGAUGUUAUGUUUGUCUUAUUCUUAUUACUAAUUGCUUAUUGUUAUUUUAUUCGUCUUAUGGAUCGGUAUUAAGCUUCGGUAGAGGAGCGAGAGACUGUGUGUUGUUUCUUGGUCUUCCAGGAGAUAGGAGAAUCACCAAGAAAUAUCAUCCAUCCUGCAAGAGAACGUCGAGUAAGUGGACAGCUAGCCCAGUCUGAAUUACACCAGCCGGUAAGAGCAAGAUCAGGGGUGGAGCAAAGAAUUAUUCCCUGACCCAGAGUGCUUUUGAGAUAACGAACAAUCCGCAAUGCCACCGACCAAUGAUCCUGAUGUGGAGCCUGCAUAAAUUGAGAUAAGAUAUGAACAACAUAUGCAAAUCCGGUUGGGUGAAAGAGAGAUAGAUCAAGCGCUCAACAAGACUUCGAUAAGGUUCCGGAUCAACUAAAAAAUCACUCUGAGAAAGAGCCAAUGCAUGGUUUUGCUCCAUAGGGAAAGCUGCGGGUUUUGCCCCUAGAAGACCAGUUUCAGAAAUAAUGUUCAGAAUAUAUUUGCGUUGGCAAAGAAAAAUGUCGUCAGUACUAUGAGGCGCCUCGAUCCUGAGAAAAUAUUUUAGCACACCGAGGUCCUUCAUAUGAAAUCAUUUAUGCAAAUAUGAUUUGAAUUGAGAGAUAGUUCUUGAAUCAUUGCUGGCUAUAAUCAAAUCAUCCACAUAAAUAAGAACGUACAAAUGAACUGUCCCCUGACACAGUGUCAAAAGGGAGUAGUCAGAGUAAGACUCUAGAAAACCAUAAUUUCAAGGGCUUUCUUACCCGACGGAGGUGGCUCCAUGACCCAAGUGUGAUUAUUUUCAAGGGCUCGAAUUUCACUCUGCAUAGCCUCACGCCAACCGACAACGGUCAUAGCCUCUUUAAAAGAUUGAGGUUCACGUCCUGCAAGUAACGCUCCAAGAAAAGUACGAUGACCAAUUGAAAACUUGUCACAUUUUACAAUAUUAGCUACUCCCUCUGUCCCAUAAAACUUGGCCAAUGUUGACUUGCACGUAGAUUAAUAAAGUAAAAACUGUGUGGUUGAUAUUUGUGCAGAGGAGAGAGAAAUAACUUUAGCCACAUAUUUGUUACUUUAAAUGGAAAUGGCAAAGUUUUUUGGGACGGUCAAAAAAGGAAAGUUGGCCAAGUUUUAUGGGACGGAGGUAGUAUAAGAUAAGGCGUACCUGAGGAACUGACGGAGGAGGUAGACAACGGGGAUGGGCUCAAUGAGCGGACAUGAUGCGUGACAAAGUCCCAUAACAGAACUAAUGAAGCUUGGAGCGUAAACCCCGACCAAGGGCAUCAAUGGCUGACUGGGCAGCCGCGGCAUGCUGAGAAGUCAAAGUCGAGGUAGUGUUGAUCGGAGGAGACCCUGCCACCUCAGGUUGUACGACUACGGGAUCAGGAUCAAAUAUCAUCGGAGAUGAGUCCUUCAAAGCGGUGUCAUGCGUAGAAGAUUCCUCGGACGAAGGAAGCGAAGCCAAAAAUGGAAAAUCACCCUCAUGAAAAAUCACAUCUCUGAAAACAAAUAUUUCACCCGUGAUGCAGUCAAACACUUUCCACCCCUUUUUGCCAUGAGGAUACCCCACAAAAACUCCACGACGGCUUGGUGGGAAAAUUUUGUUUUCACGGCAUUUGAUAUUGUGAGCAAAGCACAAACAUCCAAACACCCGUAAGUGAGAGAAAUCGGGUAGAACACCAUUAAGAAGCUCAUAAGGCGUCUUACCGCCCAAAAGAGCAGUCGGGGUCCUAUUAAUGAGAUGCACUGCGGUGAGGACACGUUCUCCCCACAAUCGGAUGGGUACAUUAGCCUGAAACAUUAAUGAUCGUGCCACAUUUAAAAUGUGACGGUGUUUGUGCUCUACUCGCCCAUUUUGCUGGGGUGUAUGGACGCAGGAGGUUUGAAAUUGAAUAUUGUGUGCAUCAAAGUAAGGUAGCUUACAUUUAAAUUCGGUCCCAUUAUCACUACGCACAAUUUUGAUAGACAAUACAUGUUGUUUCUCAUUCGUAGCAAUAAAUGAGAGGAAAAAUUGAUGAACCUCCUUUUUGUCACGUAAUAAAAAAACCCACACAACACGGGAAAAUCAUCCACAAGCAUAAGGAAAUAAAUUGCAUCACAAGUAGAUGGGGUUUUAUACGGUCCCCACAAAUCGCAAUGAAUAAAUUCAAGUAUCCUACUUGCUUUAUUAUUACUACUAGGAAAGAAAUCACGAACUUGCUUUGCCUGCGGACACACCUAACAAGCCUUAUUCAAUUUUUUCUAAGAACUAGAAACAACUGCAGGUAAUAAUUUAAGGACCCGAUCAGAAGGAUGACCUAAACAGCGAUGCCACAAUUCAAACUCCGAUACUGCUGUGGACAUUUGGACAUUAUGCAAAACCGGUACCCGUCUGAAACAAAAGAGCCCGUCUUGUCAUUCACCGACUCCAAUCAGGUUCCUCGAGUGUGGGUCCUAUAUAGCACAAAGAUUAUUAGUAAAAGUGACAAGGCAAAUGGAUUGGUCCGUUAACUGUGACACUGAAAUAAGAUGACAAUGAAGUCCUGGCACAUAAAGAACAUUAUCAAGAAUAAGAUCAUUGGCCAAGGUGACUCGGCUAGUCAAGACCGUAGCCAUCCUACGUACGUCCGGCAAUCCCACUGAACGCGCAGGGAUGCUGACGGGGUUCACAAGACAAGUAACAUCCCUUGUAACGUGAUGUGAAGCCCCAGUGUUACUGAUCCACUUAAGAGAAGAAUAUGUACCCGACAUCCGGUCACAAGAUCGAGUAUCGACAUUAAUUAAAUUCAAGAGAGCAUGCACCUGCACAUUGCUUAAAUUAGUCAAACCAUUAUUGCUCGUAUACGAAGUAGACGAGCCUUCAGCCGCUGGCAGUAGAGUAGUCGCCACAACAUGUGUCCGAACCCCUCCUCCAUGGCUAGCCGGUGGUCCCUUGCUUUGGUUUCGUUCCUCCCACCAGUCCGGAUACCUGUGCAAUUUAAAGCAUGAUCUGACCUCAUGACCCUUCUGCUUGCAGUGAGUACAAGUGGGCCUCGGACGAUAUGAUUUUUCUACACGACUUUUAGUAGUGCGGUCCACCAUAAGGGCAAAUGCGUGGACGUCCGCCGCGGUGUUCUUCCCAUGAGCGACUGCCCUGGAAUUUUCCUCCUGGAGAAAUGCUUGAAGUGCACGGUCAGUAUCCGCCAAAGGGUUCUGUGAUAGGAGAUUUGAUCUUACUGUCCCAUAUAAUUCAUCAUCAAUUUCGACCAAGAAUUGGUGGAACCGUUCUUCAUCUCGUUCUGCCUCAAUCUUCCUAACGACGUUACACUUUUCCCUGCUUUUAACAUUCCAUUUUACAAUCCUUGUUGUAACCUAUGUUGUGAAUCAAAUGUUGAUUAGAGUUGGUCAUUUUUGGAUUGGAUACAACUUUUCAUGUUUGAAAUCAAGGGAUCAAUGGAGUCCUUUGUAAACCUUCCAGCAGAUAUGAUGGAAGAAUUAAGUAUUGGGUGUAUUCAGAGGCGUAACCAAGACGUAAAAGAGGGUGGGCCGGAUUAUUAUCAUUUAAAGUUAUUAUCAUCUCAAGUAUAACUCAUAAAUUAAAAAAACAACACAAUUAAUUGAAGUACAUCACAAAAUUUAUUACUACUAAAAAUAUAGUGCACCAUGUUAAAAUGUUAAAUGAACUUGACAGUAUUCUACCUUAGCAAACUCAUAGAUAAGAGAACCUAUAUCUAUUUUGCUAACAAGAUCACUUUCAUUGCAAAUUGCCAAACUAUCAUUAAGAAAUUUAUCAUUUAUCGUGUUGCAAAUCAUUUGCAACGGAGCCAAAUACUCACUACUCCCUCCGUCCCCUUUUAAAUGUCCCAUUUUACCAUAUUGGGAUGUCCCUAUUCAAAUGUCACAUACCUUAUUUGGUAAAGUUUGUGUGGCUCAAAAUCAUUCUUACUUUAUUCUUACUUUAUCUAUUAAUAUCAACCACACAAACCUACAUUUCUUAAAACUCGUGCCACCCUCUUCCGGGACAUUUAAAAAGGGACGGAGGGAGUAUUUUUUUUUGAGAAUAUGAUGGAAAAAAACAAAAUGACUUAUUAAACUGUCUGCGCUUCUUUAUUAUGAAAUAACAGUCACUAUAUGCAAUUUUUUACGUGAUUUUCACUGUGGGUCAUCCGGAAAUAGUUUUUCUGUACUUUAAUAUAGAGGUAAGACUGCGUACAUCUGACACCUCCUUACCCCACCGUAAGUGGGAGCCUCUAUGACAUUGGGGUAAUGAUGAAGAAAGAUCGUGUUGCAAAUCACAAUUUUAACAUGUUUCAUUAUCUAAAAUGCUCUUAGUUCUGGCUGUAGAAACCAGAGUUCGUUGCCGUGCUGCGUCACCUACGUGCAGUUGGCCGAAUGGUAUUUGAGUAUUUGACCUUUACUCUCUGCCCUGUGUUUUGAUUAGGCAUUUUAGGCACAUGAGUCGAGCCAUGGCCCUCAUUAGCGUAACUCACCAAGUGAGCUGCCAUGCCAAGCUGAGUAACAUUUUUAAUUCACUGGGCCGCUUGAUGUAUUUCCACUAUCUUUUUCAAAGUAUUAGGCCGUUUUUCCAAGCACUGGGCCAGUUAGCUUUUUAGUCCUACUCGUAAAAAUAAUUGCACUGGGCCAGGACCCAUUCAAUCCCCACCUCCUCUAGUCGGUAUAUUACCAAUUUACCAAGAUCGGGAGUGUGCAAUCCUUUUUGGCCAAUAAUUCAUACGGAGUAGUGGAGUAGGGGUGUGCACUAUCCGGUUUAAACCGUAAAACCGGACCGAACCGGACCGGAAAAACCGGAACCGGAUCGAACAAAAAUGAUAUUCAGUCCGGUUUCGGUUAUGAAAAUUUAGGAAACCGGUUUCCAGUCCGGUUCUGGUUUAAAACCGGAUUAUUCCGGUUUGAACCGGAUUUAACCGGUUUUGCAAUAUUUUUAAAAAUAAAUUUACUAAUACUAAUAUAAUAAUAGUUAUAAAAUAAAAAAUAAUACUCCAUACUACUAACAAUAUAUAAUAGCAAUCAAUUUCAUAAUGCUUAUAAUAUAUAUUGUCCUAAUAUUAUAUUUAUCCAUUCAUUUCUAUUCUCAUAAUAAUAAAACUAACUAAUAUAUAUUAUUAUAGUCUCAAGUUACUCCAAUAUUUGCUCA